AUGGCUGUUCCAGAUCUUAUAAUUGACCCAAGUUUAAGGUAUUGGGUCCUUUUACCAAUCUCAUUAGUUAUGAUACUUUUCGGGAUCUUGAGACAAUAUAUUCAAAUUUUAUUAAAUCCAACACCAAAAUUACAACCAUUAAGUAAAAUAAGAGAAUCAGAACAUAUUAAAAAGGCACAAUUAUUGAAAACAAAUUAUAUAAAUUUACCUAAAAGGGAUUUUGAAUCAAGACAAAGUUACCUUAGUGAAAAACUUUCAAAUGGAGAAUAUCUUGCUGAAGAAAUCAAAACAGAUGAUGAUCAACCUAAAAAUCCAUUAACUGAUCCAGGUACAAGUGAUGCAAUGAUGAAUAUGGCUAAGAAUUCAAUGGGGAAUUUCCUAUCACAAACAAUAAUGAUGGGUUGGACAAAUUUCUUCUUUGCAGGAUUCGUUUUAAUGAAAUUACCAUUCCCAUUAACUUUAAGAUUUAAACAAAUGUUACAAUCUGGUGUUGCAACAACAGAUUUAGAUGUUAGAUGGGUUUCAUCCAUAUCAUGGUAUUUUAUUGUAACUUUGGGUUUGAAUUCUAUUUAUAAUGUUUUUUUGGGUGAUGGUUCAAAAAUGCCAAAUCAAAUGCAACAACAAACAAUGGCACCACCAAUGAUGCCAGGUGGUCCAACACCUGAUAAGAUUAUGAAUCAAGAAGCUAAUGAUUUGAAAAUUAUUCCAUAUCAAUAUAUUUUGGAUGAUGUUGAUUCAAGAGUUUUGAAAAUUUAUGGAUCAAAAUGA